AUGGAAGGCAUCUACAGGCUUCCGUUAGAGCUUCGCGAGGCUAUAUGGAGAGAGUGCCUGCCGGACCCAGCCAGCUCAGAAGUCUAUUUUUACAACCGCAGCCACUUUGGGCCAGAGUCGACAGCGAGCGCAGGAGACGGACCAGGGAGCCUUGCCAGGUUCAAAGUAGUCGUCGACUAUCCUGUCAUUUUGCAUGUCUGUCAUGAAUCUCGCCACUUCGCCUUGAAGGGCGGUAUUUCCUUCCAGUGGUUCCGACGGCGUCUACUCCUCCGAUCGUCUACGGAGAUCGCAGCACAGUCGAGCCACGUGCUCCUCCCUUGUCGGCAGUACCGGCCGGAGACCGAUAUCUUCUUCCUCACUGAGGAUGUCCUUGGUGACAUGUUGGAAGUAGAUGAGCGGCAGCAAAAUGACCCCGCUGGUAUUUUCCAGAGCAUUCGCCACCUGGCAUUUGGAUCUUGGCACUUGACGGACGAUGUGGCCAUUGACUUUUGGCAGGCCGACUUCCUCUGCACUCUUCCCUCUCUACGCCUCGUUUCGGUUGUUUUCGACCACUAUUGGGGCCUCGAGGCCUCGGCAGGUGUGAAAGAGUAUGAGACCUUCCGCCAUUUCAGGCUGGCCCCCUACACCUGCGACACGGCCAUGAUUUGCCCCGGUUCUGAAGAGGAUGGGCUUGAAUUCAUCCCGGAGCUGGGCCUGAGGAAUGUGCCAGAUUUUAUAAAAGAUCUCAACGAACGACUGUCUUCGAUCGAUCCUCAUGAGGACAAUGCGCCUUGGAGCAGCAAGUCUCACAGGUGGUUAUUCAGGUUCUUUGCGAAGAAGUUCAUUCUUGCUCACGACUAG